AUGGUUCGGCGACGUGUGCUGCAGAAGUUGCCAGCUGGUAGUGUCAUUGUUUUGGACAAUGCACCUUACCACUCCCGGCGAGAAGAGAAAUUGCCGACGACGUCCUGGAAGAAGGAAAACAUACAAGAGUGGCUGAAUAGCAAGGACAUCGCCUACAGCGCGACGUUAGUGAAGAGGCAGCUGCUCGAGUUGGUGGCAUCUGUGAAGCCACGCUUUCUCAGCUACAUCAUAGACAACGCAGCUGCAAGGGCCGGUUGCGUUGUGCUCAGGCUCCCGCCGUACCACUGCGAAUUCAAUCCCAUUGAGCUCGUGUGGGCAAAGGUGAAAAAUGGUAUCGCUGCGGACAACCGAGACUUUAAGCUGUGCACUGUUGAAGACAUCUUGAGGGAAAAAAUCAAGAACGCAACGGCGGAAGACUGGAGGAAGAACAUCCGGCAUGUCAUGGAACUGGAGGCUAAGUUCCGAGUUGACACGUCUGGAGUGACCAUGUCCAGCCCAUCGUCAUCCAUCUGGGGGAAGAUGACACUGAAGAAAGCGACUCUGACUGCGAGCUGUCCGGCAUUGAGCCCUCGAGGAAGCUUAACGGCUACCUAUUAA